UAGGGGGGCACAUCUAUAAAGAAUGAACCUUCUCACUUGUCCCAGCCCAGCUCUGGGAAACACAUCAGCCCGAAAGGCACAUCGAUUCCUGUCAGUAACGACCCCAUCUGUCCGUCUGUGGGAGGUGACGCUGUAACUUGAGCCGAGGGACAAGUUUGUGGCAACACGUGAGCGAUUUGGCCGCUGCCUGCAGCUUCUUCUUCAGCGCUUUGUGCGCAGCCCGGGCUGUUCUGCCACAUCAGUCUCCUCUUCUUCUUCCAACUGCCAGCAAUGAGCAACUGCCGCACGUUGACUCUCCUGCUCGGGGCUCUGCUCGCUGCCAGGCACGCACACUGCUCCCCUAACUGCCCUCCUGGGGACCGGGCUCUGGGGAGAUGCAUGCCGACGGCAGAAGAAAGAGGAACAUGCGUGGACAACAUACUGGGCUAUUGCAAUGACUUGCCCUACUCCAAAACAAUGUUUCCAAAUGCUCUAGAUCAGCAGUCAAGAGGCGAAAUAGAAUACAGCGCUGAGUACAUUCUACUAAGUGUCAUCGACAACUUGCUGCAAGGGGAGUGCAAUCCCGACCUGCGCAUUGUGGGUUGCGCUGUCCUUGCUCCGCGUUGUGAGAAGAACAAGAUGGUGAAGCCAUGCCGAAGGGUGUGCGAAAUGCUGAAAAAGAACUGCCUCCCUGCUUUCGACGCAAUUGACAUGGCGUGGCCAUACUUUCUGGACUGUGAUCGUUUCUUUGUGGGAGAGGAAGAGGGGUGCCAUGACCCACUGGAAAAAUUGAGAGUCAACAUAGAUAUAACCCCAGAGGACCUCCUUCCUGAAAACCCCAGCACUUUUAUUCAGUUCAUUCACCAUAGCUACUCGGAGAUGGUCCGCGUUCUGAAGAAGACAGCAGCCAAGUGCUCUCAGAUCUCAAAGACCUACAGCAUUGGGCGCAGUUAUGAAGGGAAGGAUCUUCUUGUGAUUGAGUUUUCAGCAAACCCUGGUCAACAUGAAGUGCUGACACCUGAGUUCAGGUAUAUCGGCAACAUGCAUGGGAAUGAAGUGGUGGGCCGGGAAUUGCUGAUCUACCUGGCGCAGUUCUUAUGUUCUGAAUAUCUGUUGGGAAACUCACGGAUCCAGACGCUGAUCAAUACGACUCGAAUUCACCUUCUACCUUCCAUGAAUCCAGAUGGCUACGAGCAUGCGGCAGAAAUGGGAGCAGGGUAUAAUGGAUGGACCAAUGGACGACAGAAUGCCCAGAACAUAGAUCUGAACCGAAAUUUCCCUGAUUUAACCUCAGAAGCUCACAAGUUAAUUAGGAUGCCACUGGCACGACUUGACCACAUGCCCAUUCCAGAGUCAUAUUGGGAUGGUAAGAUCGCGCCUGAGACCAAAGCUGUAAUGAAGUGGAUGAGAUCAAUACCGUUCGUCAUUUCCGGAAGUCUCCAUGGAGGGGACCUGGUCAUCAGUUACCCUUAUGACUUCUCCCGGCACCCGCUUGAAGAGAAGAUGCUCUCUCCUACUCCAGAUGAGAAGGUGUUCCAGUUGCUCGCUAAGACGUAUGUUGCCGCCCACCCCAUGAUGUCCGACAAGUCGACCAGCAGAUGUGGAGGAAAUUUCAACAGCAAAGGGGGCAUAAUAAAUGGUGCAGAGUGGUACAGCUUCAGCGGGGGCAUGGCGGAUUUCAGUUAUCUUCACACAAAUUGUUUUGAACUUACCUUGGAACUGGGAUGUGAAAAAUUCCCCACCGAGGAUGAACUGUACUCCAUCUGGCAGAACAACAAAGAGGCAAUGCUGGGUUUAAUCGAAAUGGUCCAUCGUGGAAUCAAAGGGAUAGUGAAGGAUGAAUAUGGAAAUCCAAUAAAGAAGGCUCGAAUCUCUGUGAGAGGAAUUCGGCAUGACAUAAUCACAGGUGAAGAUGGAGACUAUUUCCGACUUUUGAUUCCUGGAUCACACAUUGUUUCUGCUGAAGCCUUUGGAUACUCCAGAGUAACCAAAAAAAUAACUCUCCCUGCUAAAAUGUUAAAAGCUGGGCGUGUGGACUUUGUCUUACAGCGCGUUGACGUUAGAAAUCGAAAAUUUCCUAAAGUUAUUCCUGAGGACAUUUAUGAACGAUUUGACCCACUGGAUCGUUUUGACCCUCACGCUCAGCAUGGGGGCGCAGAGCCAAGUGAAGGAGACGAAGUGUCUUCUCGGAAUGGGGAAAAGCCAUGGUGGUGGUCCUAUUUUAGCAUGCUGGGUCAUAACAGGCCAUCAUGGCUGCUGAAAAAAAAUGAAAAUAAAAUGUGAUUUCUAAUAGGUAUUAAAGGACAAUGAAAGGCAAAUUCACUGGGAAAUGCCAAUAUGAUACGUUUUUUUUUUUUGCAUCAUUUCAGGGGGCGCACACUCCAUUUGUCAUAGCUAAAGCUGGGCAUACACUAAAAGACCUUGCCAAAAAAAGUAGAUCUUGUCUUGAUUUGGCCAAAUUGGGCUGCUCAAACUGGUUGACCCUGGGUCAAUAAUCAAAUCGUAAUAGGGACCUGUUAGGAGAGGUCUGCAUCAGUAGGAUUUCUGAAGGACAAAGAAACGUUAAGUCAUGGGUGGGAGGCCAAUUUGUUUGGCACCCAUCAGUGAACAGAAAUGCUAACCUUGUGCUGCAGGGCAGUGCACUGUAUCUAUAAAAUAUGCACUGGGAUGAAAAGCGCCAAUUUUGUUUUCUUCUCUUAGAUAGUUCUUGUGCUUGGGGUGGGACUAUGCUCAGUAUAUAGUAACAAAGCAAUAAUUUCUGUACUUUGUGUAGGUCCAGCCAUGGUCCAUAUGCAAGCCAAGGAUUAUUUAGGAAAGGAUGCAAAUAACAGCAAGUCUUUCCUUACCCUUGUAUAAAGGUGGCCAUACACGUGCAGAUUUAAGAUGCCGAUUUGGGUACUUUAGACCAAUUUGGCAGCUUAUCUGCCCAUGUACGGACCUCACUGACCAAUAUCUGGCCAAACAUCGGUCAGAGAUCGAUUGGGCCAGUUUGAUUUUCCCAUUCGAUCGAGGAUAGUUCAUGCGGUCCUCAUCAUGUCAACACCUAUUCCCUUCAUUGUAAUCUGAUUGUUUGGCCCUAGGGACAACCGAUCAGAUUAGCCCAAUAUCACCCUGCCUUUUGUGGGCA